AUGUUCAACGAAGGACCCAGCGAGACAUUCUCGCCAUCGCAGGCCCCACAACAAUGUUUUCCGAACCCUUCGACACAUUACUCGGCCAAAUCCGACACCGAUGCAACCGCUGAACAAUUUCCUGCUUUCUACAACUACAACAUGUGUGCCUCAUCAUCGAUGGCUUAUCAACAGCUAAAUCCCUACGGCAUGUAUUGGUGGCCGCAACACGAUCAGACCGGCUACUACGCAAUGAUCUCGCCACAAAUGAAUGGAUUCGCGGGAGCGUCCGAAUGCGUUCCAAUACCGAUCACAAUGAUACCGUCGUCAAUGGAAAAACCGACAACAGCCAAACCAAAAGGUGGAAGAGUUCCGUACUCCGCCGAACAGCUUGCCAUACUUCGACGAAGAUUUGAGCAAAAUGAUCGAAUCGAAAUAAAAGAGCGAACCGAGUUAUCGAAAAUCAUUGGUCUUACACCUCAUCAGAUUAAAGUUUGGUUCCAAAACAGAAGAUUCAAAGUUCGACGAGAGCAAGAAAAACUUCUACGAAAGACGACGGAUGAAAUCGACGAGAAAUUGCAAAAGUGCGAAUCGUUUACAUCAGCAGAAUCGUCCCAAAUCUCGCCCAAUUCUAAUUAUAUUUCCGAAACAAUUUUAAGCCCGAUGGUCAACAUUCAACACUAUUAUGUCCCCACCGAAUGCGAUCCAUAA